AUGGAAGGCAAAUUUUCGAAUUUGGAAAUGGUAUUUCAAGUUUUUGUCCAUCUUGUCAUGACUGAUGACUUUUUCUCAGAUAGAGACCAUGUACGUUGCAAGAAGCAGAGGCGCAGGGCGAUGCUUCAGAAAUGCAGUAUACAACAAAGGCUAAAGUCUCAAAGAUAUGGCAUAACUGGAAAGCAAAAGCCUGAGCAAUGGAGUUUAGAAGAGAAAUCCGAACCUCCAAAACUCAGCAUAGAGGAAAAGACCAAGAAAUGCAGCAAACAACAGAGGGUAAAGCCUCCAAGAUGUGGCAAAACUGGAAAGAUAAAGCCUGAGCGAUGGAGUUUAGAAGAGAAGUCCGAACCUCCAAAAUGCAGCUUAGAGGAAAAAACGUUGGGGGGGAAAAGCACCAUAGAAGGAAUGGAAGAAAUGAUGGCUAAACGACUGCGUGAAAAUGCAGAACUCAUCAAUGACAUACUUAAAGGAAACCUAGCAGAGGAUGUGGACUACAGAUUGGCCGAUUUGAGAAAUGCAGAGGCCUUCCAGACUGAUAUCACCAGACUUCAAGGUGACAAGCUUAUUUCUUGCCUGGGUAAUGUUGCAAACACGCUUAAACAGCUUUGUGAUCUGGUCCAAGAAUGCGGUUAAUUUUCAUUGAGGAUUCCAAAUACCAAAUGGUGAAUUUUCCAAUCAUGUGAGCAUUAUAUUGGCUAGCUAACUUUUGUAUUUUAGGUCUUCAUGACCAAAGUGAACAUGUAUUAGUUUAGUUUGAGGUUUGAGAUUAUCUGAACAGUUUGAAAGUGAUACAGCGCAUUUAGACCUGUAAAAAUCAAGGACUCUCACUGUACCUCUAGUGCAAUAUGGACUAGAGAGGUGAUUCAUUGAGGAGACCUCAACUGCAAAGUUACCUGUAAAUUGGGAUAUCCUUGUGCAUCACAAUACUAGAGGAUUCCUCUCCUAACCUUAAUAGG